AUGGCGACUACCCAACUAUACAGUGCCGAGCGAAAAAGUGGACAUACCUUUCGAUACUUCUAUAUCUAUCUAUCUAUCUAUCUAUCUAUCUAUCUAUCUAUCUACGCUAUUAAUAUCUAUCUACCUCCGUGUGUUCAUUAUCUAUCUAUCUAUCUAUCUAUCUAUCUAUCUAUCUAUCUAUCUAUCUACGCUAUUAAUAUCUAUCUACCUCCGUGUGUUCAUUAUCUAUCUAUCUAUCUAUCUAUCUAUCUAUCUAUCUAUCUAUCUAUCCCCCAUUCAAAUCUUACUAUCAACUUAUGUCACUCUAUUAAUAUCUAUCUAUCUAUCUAUCUAUCUAUCUAUCUAUCUAUCUAUCUAUCUAUCUAUCUAUCCCUAGCUAUCUGUCUGUCUGUCAAUCACAAUAACAAGCUCUCUGUUCGAAUUAUUGCUCUAUACUUAUCUAUCUAUCUAUCUAUCUAUCUAUCUAUCUAUCUAUCUAUCUAUCUGUUCUCUGUUCGAAUUCUUGACUAUACUUAUCUAUCUAUCUAUCUAUCUAUCUAUCUAUCUAUCUAUCUAUCUAUCUAUCUAUCUAUCUAUCUAUCCGCUACCCUUUCAUUAUCCAUCUAUCUGGUUCACUCUUUUCAAUGUAUCUAUAAUUCUCUUCUGUUAUCUAUCAAACUCAUGUUGUUCCUCUUUUAUCCAUAUCUAUCUAUCUAUCUAUCUAUCUAUCUAUCUAUUCUAUCUAUCUAUCUCCUCUAUCUAAUAUCUAUCUAUCUAUCUUUUCAUUAUCUAUCUAUCUAUCUAUCUAUCUAUCUAUCUCGUCAGCUCAUUCAAUUAUCAGUAGUAGUACCCAUUCAUAACAGGCUAUUAAUAUCUAUCUACUAUCUCGUGUGUUUUCAUUAUCUAUCUAUCUAUCUAUCUAUCCGUUUUCUGUUCGAAUUCUUGCCCUAUACUUAUCUAUCUAUCUAUCUAUCUAUCUAUCUAUCUAUCUAUCCGUUUUCUGUUCGAAUUCUUGCCCUAUACUUAUCUAUAUCUAUCUAUCUAUCUAUCUAUCUAUCUAUCUAUCUAUCUAUCUAUCUAUCUAUCCGUUUUCUGUUCGAAUUCUUGCCCUAUACUUAUCUAUCUAUCUAUCUAUCUAUCUAUCUAUCUAUCUAUCUAUCUAUCUAUCUCAGUCUGUUCCUUCCAUUAUCUAUCUAUCUAUCUAUCUAUCUAUCUAUCUAUCUAUCUAUCUAUGACAGUUGUUUCGUGUAUACCACUGUGUCGCUGAUAAAAUUGCUAUCUGUCAGUAUAAUAUAUUGA